AGCUCUUGUUGGUAGACAUUUGUAGUUUCCGGUGAGAGAGGUUAUGUGGCAACAUGCGGAUUUUGUAGCUUAGUAGAAGGUAUUAAAUAUAAUAAAUAAUAGUUUUGGACAGUUUUAGGAGAGACGCUCGUCUUUAAUCGCAGAUUAAGCCUUGGAAAGGUAGGCAGUCAAAAUGCCGGCUUUGUGCAGCAACUGCUCUGAGAAACGUGCUAUGCUGAAACGCCCCAAAACAGGCCACUCUCUGUGUAAGUUGUGCUUCUUUUUUGCUUUUGAGGAGGAGAUACAUCAGACCAUUGUAGCAGCAAAACUGUUCAAACCUGGGGAGACUGUAGGUAUCGCUGCCUCUGGAGGAAAGGACUCCACAGUGCUUGCAUAUAUCAUGAAGCUCCUAAAUGAGCGGUACAACUACGGCCUCAAGCUUAUGCUCAUCUCGGUGGAUGAGGGAAUCACUGGUUACCGGGAUGACUCCUUGGAGACGGUGAAGAGGAAUCAGCAACAGUAUGAGCUGCCAUUGAAGAUUGUGUCAUACGAGGAGUUGUAUGGCUGGUCUAUGGAUGCAAUAGUGAAGCAGGUGGGACUGAAAAACAACUGCACUUUCUGUGGAGUGUUCAGAAGACAGGCGCUGGACAGAGGAGCCAUCAUGCUGAGAGUAGAUAAGAUCUGUACAGGUCACAAUGCUGAUGAUGUGGCAGAGACUGUGUUGAUGAAUGUCCUGCGAGGAGACAUCGCUCGUCUACGUCGCUGCACAGCCAUAUCCACGGCCAGUGAGGGUGAUGGGGUUGUACCACGUUGCAAACCCCUCAAAUAUGCAUAUGAGAAAGAGAUUGUUUUAUAUGCCUAUUUUAAAAAGUUGGACUAUUUUUCCACUGAGUGCAUCUACUCCCCCAAUGCUUACCGUGGCUAUGCUAGAACAUUUCUCAAAGACCUGGAGAGUAUACGACCUAGCUCUAUAAUAGAUAUCAUUCACUCUGGUGAGAAUCUGUCUGUGCGUGAGGGGGUGAAGAUGCCUGUCCAGGGAACCUGCAGCCGCUGUGGCUACAUCUCCAGCCAGGCACUUUGCAAGGCGUGUGUGCUGCUUGAGGGGCUGAAUCGAGGCCUGCCAAAGCUAGGUAUAGGCAAGCACCACAGAUUGCAUGAAAAAAUCCUCUCCCAGCAGCCUCUCACUGAAAAUGAGGAGAAAAAGCUGAAAUCAGGAGACUUUUGACAAACAUAAAGGAACAUUUUUUAUGAUUCUUUAAAAAAAAUUUUUUUUUACGCUUUAGUAUGACUAGCUCAGACUUUUGGUAAAUGUGAUGAAGCUCAUAUGACAAAUGAAUUGCUUUACCCCUGUAAAACAUCAGUUUUUAUCAAACUAUCAAAUUUGAUGACUGCAACUAUCAAAGCACAUUUUUUUUGUCUGAUUUGGUAAAAUAAUUACAGGUAUUAAACAUUUAAUUAGUCAUGUUAACAUUUUUGGAUAGCUUUUAAAGAGCAAAAGUUAAUUUCAGUGUUAACUUUUACUUGCAUAGAUUUAAAUGUAACUUUCUGAUGUAAUAAAUGAAAUUGUACAUUUGUCUUUAUUAUUAUA